ACCAAUCUUCACAUCUAACAGAACGACCAUGAUGUCUUACUCGGUGACUGUGCAUGCGGGUGGCAUGGUGGGCUCUGGAAUAUUACAUUGUGUUUACAUCAAGCUGGUGGGGACGAAAGGAGAGAGCACUCGUCAGUACGCCGAUCGUGACUUAACAUAUCCAACAGAAACGUAUGCACUCACCAUUGAAUGCCCCACCUCCCUGGGUGACCUGGUGGUGCUGGAACUGGACAAGCAACCUCUGCUAGUACCUGACAACUGGUUCUGUGCCAAGGUCACAGUGGUGACCCCAGAGAAGAACACAGCACAUUUCCCCUGCUACAGGUGGAUCUCAGACAACAAGAUCCACUACUUCAGAGAUGGAAAAGCUAAAAGGGUAUUUGAUGACAUUAAUCCUCUGGCCAAGUCCUGUAGGCAGAAGGAGCUCAAGGAAAGAGCCCAGGACUACAGAUGGGAUUUGUAUAAAAAAGGUUUACCUCACUGCAUGAAAUCUGAGGGGCCCUUGUCUCUGCCCCUAGAGGUCCGAUUCUCCUUCACUAAGGAAACAGAGUUCCUCUUAACAGCUGCCGCAGACAAGGCUGAGCUGAUCCUCGAGGCUCGGCUAAACCGAGAGGAACCCUGGAAGAGCAUCGAUGACAUGCGCAAAGCUUUCUACGAUCACAACACACCCAUAUCAGACUACGUCCAGCAACACUGGAGGGAAGACACGUUUUUUGGUUACCAGUUCCUGAACGGAGUCAACCCCACGAUCAUCCGACAGUGCUCCCAGCUGCCGGAGAAUUUCCCCGUCACCGACGACAUGGUCAGGGUCUCCCUGCAUGGAGCGAGUAGCCUAACUGACCAAAUCAAGAAGGGGAACAUCUACCUGGUGGACUACAAACAGCUGGAUGGAGUGACCGCUAACAAGAUCAACGGGAAACAGCAGUACCUUACAGCUCCUCUCGUUCUGCUCCAGAAGACCCCAGACGACAAACUGAUACCCAUCGCCAUCCAGUUGAAGCAGAAGCCAGGAAAGAAAAACCCCAUCUUCUUCCCCACCGACUCAAAGUACGACUGGCUGAUGGCCAAGAUCUUCGUGAGGAGCGCUCACUUUAAUGACCACGAGCUGAACGCCCACCUGCUGCGUACCCACCUCCUCAGCGAGGUGUUCGCUGUGGCCUUGCUGCGUAACCUUCCCAUGGUGCACCCCCUCUACAAGCUACUAGUUCCCCAUACCCGCUACACCCUUCAGAUCAAUGCCUUGGCCAGAUCUCUGUUGAUAUCAGAAAAAGGAGUUUUCACUCAGUAUUCAGCGUCGGGUGGAGAGGGAAUGUUCACUAUCCUGCGGAGAGCGCUGUCCUCUCUGACCUACAGCUCCCUCUGUCUGCCGGAGGACAUCGCUGCACGAGGUCUGGAAUCCAUCCCCAACUUCUACUACAGAGACGACGGGCUCAGACUGUGGGAUAUGAUCCACAGGUUUGUCCAGGGAGUGAUCGGUCACUACUACAAGUCAGACUUGGAGGUCAAGAAGGACUCUGAGCUGCAGAACUGGAUCAAGGAUAUCUUCAGCCAUGGAUUCCUGUCCAGGGCCAGCUCAGGAAUCCCUGAAUCUUUCGAGACUUUGGGGGAACUCGUGAAGUUUGUCACCAUGGUGAUCUUUACAGGCUCCGCCCAGCACUCUGCUGUCAACACUGGACAGUUCGACUAUGGCGGUUGGCCGCUCAACGCCCCGGUCUCCCUGCAACUGCCUCCUCCCACCACUAAGGGGCAGAGUUUUGAGAGCACCAUGCUGCACACCUUGGCAGACGUCAACGCCACAGUGAAUGGCAUGGCCACCAUGUGGAUACUCAGCAAGCAGUCCACUGACUUUGUCCCUCUUGGUGAAUACCCAGAGGAGCAAUUCAGUGAGGACGCCCCCUGCAGGCUGAUAAAGGAAUUCCAAGCAGAGCUGAAGGCCUUCAGUGAGUCUGUCAAGGCCAGGAACUCCGGUCUGGAGGUUCCCUACACAUACAUGGAUCCUGAGCUGAUGGAGAACAGUGUGGCCCUUUAGACAGCAGACAGGGGCCAUGGCCUCAUCCUGCAUCAGCAUCUGGUACCUGCUCUGGGUUUAGGUAUGAUUAGGAUGGUAAUAGCAUGUUGGUUGUGACAGAAUACAAUAUGCUUCUGUUGGUGAAUAUAAUUUAUACAUGAAUGAAAACCGAAUGCUGAUAUUUUGAUCCAAAUACAAUUUUAAUGAGAGAAAACAUUUUCGCAAGUGUUGGUUUGUCACUCACAUGCUGAACAUCAGUCUGAAACCAGAGAUGGCAAAAGUAAACACAUCCUUCACUCAAGUAGAAGUACAGAUACUCAUGUUUAUAAAAACUCUGGGAAAAGUUGAAGUACUGACUACAACUUUUCACUCAAGUUAAAGAAAUAUGGGCUUUGACACUUAAAUAAAAAGCAGCCAUUACUACACCUGUUUUAGUGUCACGCUGGUAACUGGACCUCACAUCAUAUUAAUACAUGAAUACAAAAAUACACUAUAGACACGCAGCGCAUUAACCAGGAAUGGCCAUGGGUAUUCAGCAUUGUCUCUUCUCAGUCAUGUCACUAACUUCCUCUGUCUUAUCCAGAACGUUAGACAUUCUUCUUGUUGCCUUCUGCCUUGCUCCAUGGUAGCUUAGUAGACUAGCUAAUGUUUGUUGUGUGUGAUAGCCAGGAAAUGGAAAAAGGCACGCAGUGACAAUAAAGAAUAUUGAUCAUGCCACCAAAUAAAGAUUUAAACCAAAGAAACGAGCCCAGUUUGAAAUGUAAGAAGAAGAAAGUACAGAUAUAGUACAGAAAUAAGAUAUAUUUUACUUAACUGAUAUCAGUUAAAUGAAUAAUGAAUUGGUUUGAUCAAGAAUUGAACCAAGGACACUGCAUUUGGCAGUAGACUCGAUGGUACACAUGCUUACACCACUGAGCCACAGAAGGUUCCUGCAAAGUUACUUUCUACAAGACUGUGUAAUUGCCCUUAUGACACGACUAAACGAUUUAAAACUCAGAGAACUGAUACCACUUACUGCUUUUAAAUCUAAAAUGAAAGAAAUGGAGGCAGGUUCCCAAAAAUGUCAAUGUUUUUAAAUUAACCAGGUUAUGUAACUGAUUAACUU